AUGAUACUGGCUUGUGGGGAGGUCAGCAGCAGAAGUUCUUCUUCUGGAUCUUCUUCUGGAUCUUCUUCUGGAUCUUCUUCUGGAUCUUCUUCUGGAUCUUCUUCCGGAUCUUCUUCGGGAUCUAGUGAAAUGCCUGCUCCACAACCCGCUCCCGUGCCUGCUCCACAACCAGCUCCUGCACCCGCCUCACAACCUGCUCCCCAACCUGCUCCAGCACCUGCUCCACAACCAGCUCCGGCACCUGCUCCACAACCCGCUGUGGCACCUGCUCCCCAACCCGCUCCGGCACCUGCUCCACAACCCGCUGUGGCACCUGCUCCCCAACCCGCUCCGGCACCUGCUCCCCAACCUGCUCCACAACCAGCUCCGGCACCUGCUCCACAACCCGCACCGGCACCUGCUCCCCAACCUGCUCCACAACCAGCUCCGGCACCUGCUCCACAACCCGCACCGGCACCUGCUCCACAACCCGCUGUGGCACCUGCUCCACAACCCGCUGCGGCACCUGCUCCACAACCCGCUCCGGCACCUGCUCCACAACCCGCACCGGCACCUGCUCCACAACCCGCUCCGGCACCUGCUCCACAACCCGCCGUGGCACCUGCCCCACAACCCGCUGUGGCACCUGCUCCACAACCCGCUCCAGCACCUGCUCCACAACCCGCUCCGGCACCUGCUCCUGCACCAGCCCCAACGACAGGUAAGAAAGGCCUUUUUAUGAACCCCGAGUACCCAAAUCGAUUUUACCUUAAUCUCGUGAAUUUGAAAUGA